AUGCGCGCCACCAGCAGACGUGACACACACGCGUAUCUCAAGCUGGUGUCGAAGUUGGAUCUGAGAAAUGCCGUUGCUCUGGGCUGGCUGUUUGCGCGUCUCCAAUCGCUCUUUUCGGUUGUACUGCUACAAGUUACGAAACACCGCGACAAUAAAGUGGAGGUCGACGUGCUUGGGUUCACUUGCCUCACGUCAAACUGGAAGUCCAGUGACCAAAGUCAGCUGGUCAUAUAA